UGUGGUCUGGGCUACAUCUUCAAUCAGUCCAAGUGUGACGAUGAGGACGAGUGUGCAGAGGGCAGGUGCAGCGUCCACUCCAGCUGUGAGAACUUCCCUGGGUCCUUCAUGUGUGAGUGUAAGGACGGGUUCAGGGGAGAUGGUCUGACCUGUGAGGAUGUGGACGAGUGCUUACAGAUGUCACAGUGCCAUGAGAACGCCCUCUGCAUUAACAUUCCUGGUUCCUACAACUGCAGCUGUAAGGUGGGCUUCUCUGGAGACGGUCUGGUCCGGUGCACUGAUGUGAACGAGUGCCUGUUGGAGAACGGAGGCUGCAGUGACAACGCUCAGUGUGUCAACAGCCGGGGCUCCUUCUCCUGCCUGUGUCCAGGAGGUUUCAACCUGGUGAACCGGACUCUAUGUCGGGACAUCAACGAGUGUGAGGAGCAGAGAGAGCCGUGUGGACUGAAUGAAGAGUGUAAGAACAUUGAUGGAUCAUACGAGUGUCCAUGUCAACGAGGUUACUACCGCCCUGCCGCUAACAUGGACUGUGUUGAUGUCAACGAGUGUGACAACGACCCGUGUCACGUCAACGCCACCUGCCUCAAUACAGUGGGCUCCCACACCUGCACCUGCUUCCAAGGAUUCAAAGGAAACGGCAGCCGGUGUGAGGAUGUAGACGAGUGUUCUGAGGCCGACCCGUGUCACUCACGUGCACUGUGUACCAACUUGAUAGGAGACUUCCUGUGCACCUGUGAGCAGGGCUUUAAUGGAGAUGGUUUCCUGUGUGUGGAUGUGGAUGAAUGUGCUCUGUCUGGUACCAUCUGCCCAUCCUUCUCCACAUGUGUCAACUCUCCUGGUACACAUGUCUGCUCCUGUCUGAACAGAACCCUGGCCCUCAAUGACAGCUGCGUAUCUCCCAGUCCACUGUGUGACCCGGCCUGCCAUGCACGUGGUCUGUGUCACCCUUCACCUGCUGGGCACCAGUGUGUGUGUGACCUGGGUUUCCUGGGUGACGGUGUGACCUGUGUCUGCACGCCUGGCUUCACUUUCAAUGGAAUCGAAUGUGUUGAUGUGGAUGAGUGUUUGUCAGGGGAGCAUCAGUGCAGUGAGUUUGCUCAGUGUCACAACUUGAUAGGCAGCCACAACUGUGUCUGUAACCAUGGAUUCAGUGGUGAUGGAUGGAAUUGUUCAGACAUUGAUGAAUGCCAUAUUCAGAAUGGAGGCUGUCACCCUGCUGCCAGCUGCACCAACCUGCCAGGAGACUUCUCCUGUUCCUGUCCACACGGCAUGCAAGGCAACGGCUUCGACUGUCAGAACGUGAACUCUUCUGCGUCACACCAUGACAGUUCCACACUCUGGAGGAAGUCUUUGCUUCUUGCUAUUGUUUUUUAUUCUUUUAUUUGUUGAGGUUUCGAGGGAAGUUGUUAACGAUGUGGUAUGCUAAGUGUACUGUACUGUUACAGUUUUAAAGCAGAUCCUGUAAAGGUCCCUUACUGGAAAGAUCACUCAUUUUUUUAAGAAAGAUCCUAGAGUACAAAGUGCUUUAUAUCAAUUACAUAAUAUAAAUAAUCAAAAUGACAUCAUUGUUAACCAAGAUUUAUACUUUAACUACCUACAUCUAUCUGUAUAUGUUUACACUGUUUUGUCACUUUCAAUACAAUGGACAAUAUACACUCAUCUGCAUCUGUAAGGUACAUGUUUGUGUCUGGUGGACAUGUGAUGAAUUGCCAACGUCAAUAAAAACUUCAAAUCUAAACAGUGGCUAAAAAAAAAGAUUAAUUUUCACCACUUGGUAAAUUAAAAAAACAGGAA